UCUGCCAUUGUUAAAUAUACGAGCUAACAAUUAAUACUCAAUUACAGACAUAAGUGCAAAUAGGCAAUGAUCUAAUUAUAGGUUUUGAAAAUCAGGGUAGAUUUUUCAGAUGAAUUAUUUUGAAUUAUUUUAGUAAGCCGAAGGGAUAUAUGUGAGUUCCACAUUUUAGCCCCAAAGGGGCUGCGCUAACAAGCUUUAUUGGCAUGUUCAGAUCAAUGGGAAUUUAACAUGAUUAUGAUCUCCAUCGAUGAGGUCAUUUGGUUACUGACGGUUUUAUGAGUCAUAUGAGCUACGAGCUCACUUUCGUCAAAUGAGAGAAUUUUUUCGAAAUUUUUUAACUCUCUUGUAAGCGAAAAUGCAAGGUAUUAUAAAAAAUCACCGAUUGAUCGCAAAAAAAUAGUUUAGCGUUAAUGAAUUCUAUUGCUACUGCAUCAAUGAAAUAGUUGCUGGGAUUGGAUCAAAAAUUUACAAAUUGAAGAACGAUACAACCACAAACUUCCAAAUUCAUAAAACAAAAGACUGCAAGCUUCUUUAACUAGAAGCUCAAAGAAGGUUUUAGCUUAUAGCUGUCUACCAAAGGGAAAAAAUGAUCCGCAUGAGGUGACCUCAUAAUUGAAGACGACUUUUCUCCAGAUUCGAAGAGAACUACAAUUAAGUAUUGUUAAAUUGAUAAAAACAUAAAAAUUAAGUUCUUUUGACUUUUGGAAACCUUUUCCUCGUUAGGAUUAUAGUAUUGCAGUCCUAUUCAGCAACAGAUGAAAUCAAAUGAUAUGCGGAUAAAAUGAUCAACUCCCACACUAUUCUUCUGUUCUUCAAAUCGAAAUAUUUUGUAAUUCUGACAAAUUUUGAAAGUUUUCUGAUCGAAUUUAGCAUCUAAAUGCUCUCUGACAUUUUCUAAUUUUCCUUCUGCGAGAAUAUCUCGAAAAAUCUUUCUCCUACUUCCAAAUUGGAUGAUUUCACCAAUUAAUUUUCAUUACGAAUUCGAUAAACUUAAAAUACUUUUUUCCCGUAUUGCUUCUAAGACUGGCUGGUAAUACUGUACAUUCAUAAUGAACGACGACUGUACUUCUUCAAAAAAACAUUAGUUUAUGUUAUUUUGUUCCCGCUUUUUCUCGUUUCUUAGUUCAACUAUUUAGAGAUGUAAUUACUUUUAUCUCUUCGUCAUAAACAUGAAGUUCAAUAUUUCAAUAUUUCCCACCUCUACUGUUAUUGUAAGAGAUAUUAAACAUACUAUUUUUGCUGAUUAAUUGGUCUGAUAUAUAAUAUCCAAUUUUAAAACAAUAGCUAUCCAUAGAUUGUGAACGAGGAAGGGAAAUACUCAGAAACUGUAUUAAGAGUAAAGAGAACUUCGAAAACAUGUUGAAUUAGAGAAAAGUAAAGAAAUUGCAAAAAGACAAUUGUUUAUAUGCUGUAUUGCAUAAUUUGUUUUUUGACUGUUGAUAUCAUGAUCAAUUAAACAUUGAACGCAAUCGUAUUGUUUAAAUCAACUAUUUUCAUCUGAAUAAAUUUCUUUGUCUAAUAGUAUAUUCAAAGGCAGUGACAUAAUUAUGUUGAAACUAGUGAACUGUUGUAACUUAGAUCUUUUUUUCGAUAUAAUUAAGGGAAAAAGCUCUCUAUUGAGACAACCAAUAUUCAUUGUAAAGAGAAUUAUCAGUUAUCCAAUAUGUUAUAACUAUUAACGGAGAGAGUUUGACUUAUAUUAGUUUCUAUAUUUGAAGAAUUAAAUAUAAUAGUCAGCACAUUUUUAUAGAUAUAAAACGAAACUGAUAAAGAAAUUGAAUGACACUAUCUAUGAAAAUUAGUUUCAUAUUUGCAAGAAAACAGUGAUGAGAUCGAAUCAUCUCUCGCCAUCUUCCAGCAUUCAGAUUACGAAAAACAAAAAGUACUUCGAUAAAAAUACAUUCUAAAGACUUUUUCGAAAUCAUUUGUCCACUAGUACACUUACUGUACCGAAAGAACAAAUCACAGCUCGUUUGUUGAAUUCUUACUUCUGAAAGAGAAAAUAAUGUGAUGAUAAAAAGACAAAUUACAGUGCAUAUUAUGUGUUUGCGGAUGCAAAAUUAACAAGUUCAUUUUGUUCGCUUAAUAUUAGAUACGUUCUAAUUUGCAAACAUCAGUCUUAUAUAAUUUUCACAAAAGAAAAAAUAGCUAGAGUUCAUCACUUGAAACUCUGAUCGAAUGGCUUUUUAAUGCCUGCUUGGGUUAACUAGAUUUAAUUAUUUAAGUUUGAUUUUCUACAAAAAUAUAGAAUUUAAAUACGCUUGGGAGAGAGAGAGAGAACGAUAUGCUAUAUGUGUGAUUCUUUCUAUAGAAUAAUCUUCCAGUAUAGAAAAAUCUUAUGCAGAAGAAUUUACCAAAAAAAGAAUGAUCUAUUCAAAGAAUUUUGCUCGAAACUUUCGAAAUUAUUUCAUAUACUAGCUAUACUCAAGAGAGAAAGAGAGAGAUUUCCUUUUAUUCUUACUCUUUCUCUUCUAGUUAAUAUUCCUGCUAAUGCUACAUGGAAACAGAACGGAGUGACUAUUGCUGGAGGCCAUGGGGGAGGGGAUGCCACUAAUCAACUCUGGGGCCCUUAUGGUCUCUUCGUUGAUGAUGAUCAAACAGUGGUUAUUGCUGAUUUCGAGAAUCAUCGUAUCAUGCAAUGGAAGAACGGUGAUACAACGAAUGGACAAGUUGUUGCUGGUGGUAAAGGCGAAGGAAAUGGAUUACAUCAAUUGAAUGGUUCAACUGAUGUAUUAAUUGAUAAAGAGACGGAUAGUCUCAUUAUUUUGUGA